CAAGAGACCAGAAUUUGCUCUCUUUUAACUUUGUUCUUUUCAGAGCUCUUGCGUCUCCAGUGGAGGACACCAAAUUAUCCAACUUUGGAAACUCAUCCUCAGAACAAAACAACAAAAGACCUUGGCUGUGGUGUCAGUCCUAGAGUACAUGGUGUCUGGUCUCCACCUCAUCCAGUCUCGCCAGGGAACUGUUUGCAGGUGAAAAUGAACAGUGGAAUUCUCUUGCCCCUCCUUGGCUUCCUCCCACUCGUGACACCCAUAUGCCCUGUGCCAUGCAAGUGCACCACCAACAUUACUGACUGCUCAUUGAAAAACCUGACUGUAGAAAACCUGCCCACUGCGUUCUAUCCUUCGGCUGAAAUCAUCCACCUCGGCUCCAACAGGCUCACCUCUAUUCCCAAUGGGCUCUUUGACAACCUGAGGAGCCUCCAGGUAGUCUACCUGCAGGGCAACCCUUGGGAAUGCACCUGUGACAUCCUCUACUUGCGCUCCUGGCUCCAGUGGCAGCAGAACCGGAGCCUGUACAGGGAUGUGAGGUGCAGCUCCCCAGAGCACCUGCAGGGCCGGAUCAUCGCCUACCUGACAGAAGAUGAGAUCGUCUCCACAUGCCAGCACUGGUACUGCAGCCUGGCUCUCCUCUCUCAGCUCUCUCUCUUCAUCCUCCUUUUCCUCCAGAGUAUCUUGGUUAUCCUCAUCAUUGUCUACCUGCAGAAAUUUCGGAGAAUGACCGCUGAAGCCCGGAGCACCACCCAAGAACUAGACCAGCAGGUAGACCCUUGGGUAUCUUCUUCAAUAAAACCCUCCAACAAUGAUUAACAUCAUGAGACAGAAGACCCUCCUCCUUUUGGGGGAUGCUGUGUCAAAGUCCUGUAGUUUGUGAUACCCAGAGAGGACGAUUUAGUACAGCAUCUAAUCCUGAGAGCAGUCUGAAGCAGAACUUGAACUGAUCAGACUUUUGCUGUGUUCCUAAAGAAUCAAUUUUGUGUUUUUUCAAUGCUUUAAAUUCUUUAGCAUGAUCUUGACUGCUUGUCUGAGCUGGAAGUGGUUCGGUAGACUAAGGAAGUCAUAAACUACAGUGACCAGAACUGACUCAAACAGUUCAUAAGCUCACAGGGGCUCCAGUGCUCAAUCCCUCCCCUCCUACAGUAUUCCAGCCAUAUUUCCCAGGAUGUUUCUGGUUGUGCUGGGUCAGGUGAGGACAGAGGUGGGCAGUGAACUGUUUGAGUACUGAGCUAGGAUAAUGGAGAAAUAAAGUUUCCUUCUGCUACCACAGACAGCAAUAAGAGCUUUAGACUAGGGAUUUAGUCUUCUCCUGCCUUGGUUUCCCAAGUAAAAGGGAAAGGAAAUAUCUUCUUGCUUGAUGCAUCUUUUCCAAUGUUCUUCUGGGGGAGGGAGGGCAUGUCUAGAAGGCCACUCAUUUUACCUUAUCUGCAUUCCUUUUAGUCUACUUUAGUUUUAAUACUGACUUGAGUGAGACUGGGGCCCUGAAUCUUUAUGAGAAAUUAAUCCUGAAGACAAGAAUUGUUUGACUGUGCUUGUAUGGCACCUGGCACAAGAAAUCUGGUCUUGAGAGGCUCAGACUACAAACCCUACUGAUAUGGCUACUGCUGUUUAUGGUGUCCCUUAAUUAUUUUUGAAAUAAAGCAAAAUUUAAAUAAAAUUAUACAUGACCA